AUGGCUGUUAAAGGUUUAGGUCAAUUAGAUAAGGAAUAUGAUGGUUCUAAGUUGAGAGUUGGUAUUAUUCAUGCUCGUUGGAAUCGUGUUAUCAUUGAUGCUUUAGUUGAUGGUGCUAUCAAGAGAAUGCUAUCCUUAGGUGUCAAGGAAGAAAAUAUUAUUGUUGAAACUGUACCAGGUUCUUAUGAAUUGCCAUACGGUUCUAAGAGAUUUAUUGAUGCUCAAAAGAAGAAAGGUGAACCAUUAGAUGUAGUUAUCCCAAUUGGUGUUUUAAUUAAAGGUAGUACUAUGCAUUUUGAAUAUAUUUCUGAUUCUACUACCCAUGCAUUGAUGAAUUUACAAGACAAGGUUCAUAUUCCAGUUAUUUUUGGUUUAUUGACUUGUUUAACUGAAGAACAAGCAUUAGCCAGAGCUGGUAUCGAUGAAGCCCAUUCUAUGCAUAACCAUGGUGAAGAUUGGGGUGCUGCUGCUGUUGAAAUGGCUACCAAAUUUGGCCCAAACGCCUUCUAG